AUGCCAGAUGAAGAGUUCCUCAGCAGCUUUCGGAAGCGCUACGCUUUGCUUCAGCAGAAGCUGGCAGAGGCUCAAAGGGCUCAAAGUAAGACCGAGGAGGAGGAAGAUGACUCUGCUCCACCUUCACAAGCCGAACGCUUGGCGCGGGCUCGAAGAAAUCGCUUGAAGAUGCCGGAGCUCAAGGACUUGCGGCAGCAGCUGACCUCCAAAGCCGUGGAGCACGGGCAUUUGCCAGCCAGCAUGGGCGCCUCAGGAGAAUGGUCCAGAUUUCUACCGAAGGCAGACGACGCUGCGGAAGUGAAGGUUGCAAGUGCGGCUGAGGCAGCAGGACUGCCAACAGUUGCUGCAGCACAGCUGGCACAGAUGGCCGCUAGACGCGAACAACAGCGGCAGCAACACAUGGAACAGUUGUCUCAACUGAAUGAGCAAGCAGAACAGAUGAAGAAUGCACUGCAUGGCACGCGAGCUCCAGGUCAGGCCGAAGAUUGGUCUGGCAUGCCUGCAGGCUUGGAAAGGCACGUGGGCCGCCUGCGACAGCUGCAGGAACAGCAGGGUCAGGUGGCUGCGGACCUCCAAAACUUGAAGGGGAACAAGGGGAAUGACAGAACUCAGGCACCAAAAGGAUCUCCUGAGAUGAAGGGAAAAGGUCAAAGAAAGGGAAAGGCCUAUGGAAAAUGGGGUCCUGGCAAAGGAUAUGGCAACUACCAGGGUGACUACCAGGGUGACGACCAGGGUGAGAACUACAGCAGCCAAGGCCCAGACUUCGGCGGCCAAGAGCCAGAUUGGAACUGGGGAGGUUGGUACCCCAACCAGUACCAGCAGUGGAUGGGACCUCCGGGGCCUCCGGGGCCCCCGGGGCCCCGAGGAGGCCCUCGCUAUGGACGACGAGGCAUGCAGCCAAGGGGCAUGGGACAACCGAUGUCCCCGGUUCAGAGCCAGGGUCUCCAGGGGAUGUACAGGAGCCCUGCAGAGAUGCAAGCCAUCAAUGGCAUGAAUGCAGUUCUGCAACGCGUACGUGGUAAAACAGAGGUGCCGACGGUGCGAGCAACGCAGGAGGUGCAGCCACAGACAAAGGCAGGUGCAUGGGGAGCAGCGGCAAACGAGGACGCUCCGGCGGAAGCACCGGCUGGGUCUGGCACUGGUGACGUCAGUACAGCUGCUGGCGCCGCGCAGCCAAUUGCAGAGGAGAGGAGGCAAUCCGCAGCCAGUUCUGCCGAUGAGAAGGAGAAGAAGGAGAAAAAAGAAAAGAAAGACAAGGACAAAGACCCCUCCCGAAAGGAGUCCAAGGAGAAGAAAAAAGAUCCAAAGGAAGACGAGGAUCCUGUUGGGAAAACCGGAAGCAGAGCACAAAAGAGCUGGUUUGGCAAGUGA